AUGUCACGGCAGCUCGCGCAGGACUUGGUGCAUCUGCACAACGUCAUGCGCAGCCGCGUGGCCCGCGGCCUGGUGGACGGCCAGGGAGGCAAGCUGCCGCAAGCUGCUGACAUGCUGCAAACUGGUGAGUGGGAGGGUCCAGUGUUCUGGCAACGUCAGGGAUGCUGCCACACCGGCACAUACGGCCACUUCGCCCAGGCGGUGUGGUCCAUCACCCGCUACAUCGGCUGUGGCGUAGUCACUCACCAGGGCGGCCUGGGCACGGAGGGCACCAAGUGCAACUCGCGUCAGGGAUGCUGCCACACCGGCACGUACGGCCACUUCGCGCAGGCGGUCUGGUCCAUCACCCGCUAUAUCGGCUGUGGCGUAGUCACUUACCAGGGCGGCCUGGGCACGAAGGUGCUGCUGUACUGCAAUUACGGGCCUGGUGGUAAUGUCGUCAGCAAGCCAACGUACCGGAUGGGACGGAAGUGCUCUGCGUGCCCGCAGGGCACCAAGUGCAACUCGCGGUACGACGGUCUCUGCAACGUGGCGUCGUAG